GCCGGCGCUCUCUUGGAGGAAGCGGUGGCGCUGCAGCUGCGGGGCGUGGGGGCGGCGGCUUCGGAGGCCGAGGCGGUGGUGGUGGCCCUGGCGGAGGCACCAGCACCUCGCCCGGGGAAGACGCUCGGCCGGGACCCUACAGAAGGCCCUAUGGAAGUGGCAGGGGGCGGAGGCUGCGGCGCCGGGCCGCCGUUGCUGCUGAGCGAUAGCGAGCAGCAGUGCUACUCUGAGCUCUUCGCGCGCUGUGCGGGCGCUGCAAGCGGGGGGCCCGGACCUGGCCCCCCCGAGGCUACCAGGGUCGCCCCCGGCACUGCCACUGCGGCCGCUGGUCCGGUAGCCGAUCUGUUUCGAGCGUCGCAGCUGCCACCAGAGACACUGCAUCAGAUUACAGAACUGUGUGGUGCAAAGCGAGUUGGCUACUUUGGCCCAACACAGUUUUAUGUUGCCCUGAAAUUAAUUGCUGCAGCCCAGUCUGGCCUCCCUGUGAGGACAGAGAGUAUUAAAUGUGAACUGCCUCUGCCUCGCUUUGUGAUGUCGAAGAGUGAUGGUGAGAUCCGGUUUGGGAACCCAGCUGAGCUGCAUGGACCGAAGGUUCCGAUUCCAUACUUAACCACAGAGAAAAAUUCCUUCAAAAGAAUGGACGAUGAGGAUAAACAGCAGGAAACACAGUCUCCCACGAUGUCACCCCUCGCCUCCCCUCCUUCUUCCCCGCCUCAUUACCAGAGGGUGUCCUUGAGCCAUGGCUACAGCAAACUGCGGAGCGGCACAGAACAGAUGCAUCCAGCUCCAUAUGAAAAUAGGCAGCCCAUUGGCCAGCCUGAAGGACCUUCAUCAGAGGGUCCAGGAGCCAAACCCUUUCGUCGGCAGGCCUCUCUUAUUCGGUCCUUUUCAGUGGAGAGAGAACCACAGGAGAACAACAGUAAUUACCAAGAUGAGCCCUGGAGGAUAACAGAAGAACAGCGGGAGUACUACGUCAAUCAGUUUCGGUCCCUCCAGCCAGACCCGAGUUCCUUCAUUUCAGGGUCUGUGGCCAAGAACUUCUUCACCAAAUCAAAGCUCUCCAUUCCAGAACUCUCUUAUAUCUGGGAACUCAGUGAUGCUGACUGUGAUGGAGCCCUGACCUUGCCUGAGUUUUGUGCUGCAUUUCAUCUCAUCGUAGCCCGGAAGAACGGCUACCCACUGCCAGAGGGCCUGCCUCCAACUCUGCAGCCAGAGUACUUGCAAGCAGCUUUCCCUAAAUCCAAGUGGGAGUGUGCAAUUUUUGAUUCUUAUUCUGAGUCAAUGCCAGCAAACCAACAGUCCGGUGACUUGAAUCGGAUGGAGAAGACAUCUGUUAAGGACAUGGCUGACUUUCCUGUCCCUACCCAAGAUGUGACUACUGCUGAUGACAAAAAAGCUUUGAAAAGUACUGUUAACGAAUCCUUACCAAAGGACGUAUCUGAGGAUACAGCAACUUCUAAGGACUGCAACAGUAUCAAAGCAAGACCAAGAUCCAGAUCUUACUCUAGCACCUCCAUAGAAGAGGCCAUGAAAAGGGGUGAGGAUCCUCCCACCCCACCACCACGGCCACAGAAAACCCAUUCCAGAGCCUCCUCCUUGGAUCUGAAUAAAGUCUUCCAGCCCAGCGCGCCAGCUGCUAACUCUGGAUUGUUACCUCCACCACCAGCACUUCCUCCGCGACCAUGUCCAACACAGUCUGAACCAGUGUCUGAGCCUGACUUCCACUCUCAGCUGAACAGAGCUCCUGCCCAAGCUGCAGAAAGCAGUCCGACAAAGAAGGAUGCACCACAUGCUCAGCCUCCAUCAAAGCCUAUUCGCAGGAAAUUCAGACCUGAAAAUCAAACUACAGAAAGCCAAGAGCCUGCUGCUGCAGUUGGAGGGGCAGCUUCUGCAGCAAUGGUGAAACCCCAUCCAACAGUACCAAAGCAGUCUUCCAAGCAGAAGAAGGCUAUUCAGACUGCCAUUCGCAAAAAUAAGGAAGCCAAUGCAGUGCUGGCCCGCUUGAACAGUGAGCUUCAGCAGCAGCUGAAGGAGGUUCAUCAAGAACGGAUUGCAUUGGAAAACCAAUUGGAACAACUUCGUCCAGUCACAGUGUUGUGACAUCCUAAAGGCUUGAGUGACAGCAGGUGACCUUGUCCUGCCAAGAUCUUUCUUUUGAGUGUUUAAGCCCAACUAUAUGUCUGAAUGUCAAAAGCUGUGAGCAGCACAACAUAGUCUAUAUGACUUUCUGUUUUGCACUUCACUUGUGUAUUUUACAGUGGUGGUAAAAUAUGUCUUCAACUGAUCAUUGCACUUAAAAUAUUAAUUAUCAGCUACUUGGGAGGAUAAAGCAGGAGGGUCACAAGCUCAAGGCCAUUUUGAGAAGUUCGUUGAGAUACUGUCUUAAAUAAAAAGUAAGAAGAGAGGUAUGUAUAUAGCUCAGUGGUAGAGUGCUUGCCUGAUAUACGGGAAGCCUCAGUUUAAUCCUAAGUCCCAUUUAAAAACUAUACUUAUAAUUGGAAUUUAUCUCCCAUUUUAACCACUUUUAGAUACUGCUCCUUAUUUAAGUUAGUGUUUUAGCAGAUAAUUCAAAACAUUAUUUAUUUAAAGAAUUAAUAAUUUUACAGUACCUAUUAAUGAUGUACUAGCAGGAUGCUCAUGCUCAUUUUAUGUAUGCUAUAUACAGUAUGUUGGUUUCCUGAAUAGUUGCAUUCCAGCUGGAUAGUCUUAGGCAUGAUGAUAAUAAAACCAAAAGCUGGAAUACAACUGGAGUAUCAGAUUUACACUGGCACUAUGCCCUCUACCACUAUAUGCCAAAAACUGCUUCUGUAGUACCAUUUUGAUAUUAUAUCAGUUAUACCUAAUACAUGACUAUUGUUUUCUAUUAAAUGUUAGAACCUUA